AUGGACAGUUUCUUCACAUUCUCUGAUGGAGUUCCGAAGCUCGAGGAGGACCUGUCGGAGUUUGUUGGCGACUGGAGACCGCAGGUGGCGCCGGGCGUCGACCCGGCGAGGUCUACGGAGUUCCUGCGCCCGGUAGGUCCACCUCCAUCGGGGUGUUGCCAGCCUCCUCGGGAGCCCUGGCGGCUUGCAGAGCAGUAUCAAGGCAGUAGGGAUUCUUCAGCCGUGAGAUUGCGCCAGAUGAUGGAUAUCGUGAGACCGAAUCCCUUGUUUGCGCUCCCACUUGAGGCUGCUGGGGCAAAUCAGCGGAUGAUCGAAGAACCUACGCAAUUCCGAGAUAUCGCUAGCUACCUCGAUACUGGUCGAGACGAGAACGGCGUCGACGUUGUUAUCGAAGCCAACUGCGUCAUAUGUGGGCGGAUGCUGAUGCUUCCGGACCGCGUGUCUCAGGACAGAUACCCGGAUGCAGACUUUGAACAUUUGGUCGUCACUCCCUGUGGCCAUCUCUUCGGAGCACACUGCCUUGAGAGCCAUUUGCAAUGUGUGGACGAGAUUACCGAAGAGCAAGCACAGCACGAUCCCUUCAUGGAGUUCAGAUUCCGUGACUGUCCCGUCUGCCGGACUGAGCUUGUAUACACCGACUGUAAGUGCCGAAUACCCCUGCGUCCCUAUAACCCGCAGUUCCUGCGCUGGCCACAGGUUCCGCUCACGUUUGCCGAAGGCGGCCGCAUCCCACGUGCCUGUAGAGUCUGUACCCUUCAGGAGGCAGAGGACGAAGCUGUAGCGUUUAUGAACUUCUUGAUGCCGGGUGUACCGCCUCACAUGUUGAUUGAUCCUGAUGUCGUGGGCCAGGACCAGAUUUCGGCUGCGAGACGGUUAAUGCUGGCCCAGCUCAAAGAAGCGGCAAGGUGGGAGCUUAACGCCAUCAAUCGUUGGUGA